AUGGCCUCUGAUAUGGUUUUUGAAUUUUGGCAGCAGCUCUGUCAGGAACACGGCAUAAGUCAAGAUGGUAAUCUCGAGGAAUUUGCGACGGAGGGAGGGGAUAGAAAGGACGUCUUCUUCUACCAGUCGGACGACACACGAUAUAUCCCUCGUGCCAUCUUGAUCGAUUUAGAGCCUCGUGUUCUCAAUGGUAUUCAAACAGGCCCAUACAGAAAUAUUUACAAUCCGGAGAACUUUUUCGUUGGGAAAAAUGGUUCGGGUGCUGCAAACAAUUGGGGAGAUGGAUAUCAAACAGGUGAAUCUGUACAUGAAGAAAUUAUGGAAAUGCUUGAUCGAGAGGCUGAUGGUAGUGACUCGCUCGAGGGGUUCAUGAUGUUGCACUCUAUAGCAGGUGGCACUGGCUCUGGGUUGGGAUCUUUUCUACUCGAACGGCUGAAUGAUCGCUUCCCCAAGAAGAUUAUCCAAACAUAUUCCGUGUUUCCAGACACCACCAAUUCUGGAGAUGUUGUUGUACAUCCAUAUAAUAGUUUACUAUCGAUGCGAAGAUUAACACAGAACGCCGACUCAGUCGUAGUGCUCGAUAAUGGUGCACUGUCAAGAAUAGCUGCAGAUAGGUUACAUGUUCAAGAGCCAUCAUUUCAACAAACUAAUCAGUUGGUUUCUACCGUUAUGUCAGCUAGUACCACUACACUUAGAUACCCAGGAUAUAUGCACAAUGAUCUUGUUAGCAUAGUCGCUUCCCUCAUCCCAACUCCUCGUUGCCAUUUCUUAAUGACAGCCUAUACACCAUUUACAGGGAACAAUGUUGAGCAGGCAAAGACUGUGCGAAAAACCACAGUUCUAGAUGUCAUGCGGAGACUUCUACAGCCAAAAAACCGCAUGGUUUCUACGAUACCCGGUAAAAAGAGUUGUUACAUAUCUAUUUUGAACGUCAUUCAGGGAGAUGUCGAUCCAACCGAUGUCCAUAAAAGUCUCCUUCGAAUUCGUGAGCGACGACUUGCGACAUUUAUUCCUUGGGGCCCGGCUAGUAUUCAAGUCGCAUUAACAAAGAAGAGUCCGUAUAUACCCAUGAAUCACAGAGUCAGUGGACUUAUGCUGGCGAACCACACAAGUAUAGCAACACUAUUUAAACGUAUCGUAAGACAAUACGAUGGAAUGCGCAAGCGCAAUGCCUUCAUGGAAGGUUAUAAGAAAACUGCACCAUUUUCUGACAAUCUUAACGAAUUUGAUGAGGCAAGAGAAGUAGUAACAGAUCUUAUUUCAGAAUAUGAAGCUGCAGAAGACGCAGAUUAUCUCAGUCCUGAUGCUGGGAAUGCUGCUCCAGCUGGAGAGGCAAGUGACAGAAGACUUCCUUAA